UUAGCCUACCAUGAUCAUGACGAGGCUCCUUGUGGCUACAGCGUCUUUGGCAUCAGGCUCCUGUCAGUGACUUGUGUGGGCAUAGCAGAAAUGCAGCAAUGGCACAGAGGUGGAGCAGCAGCCCCGCGCGCGAGGCAGACGGGCGCCAUUGAGAUUUUGGCCGCGAGAAAUUGAGGCCACACGGAAAGAAUUCUUCCUCGAGACACACAGCAGCAGCAUCACCUAGCAGCAUUACCAUCAUUGCCACCCUCCCCAUCACCCUCAUUGAAGGCAAUGGAGUACCUACAACCACAGGAUCCAGCCAAGCUCGAUCAGGGUCUUGUGCUCUGCGCCGAUUGUGGUACUGCCAUCCCGCCCAACUCGGCCAAUCUCUGCAUUUCCUGCCUGCGCAACUCAGUCGACAUCACAGAAGGCAUCCCCAAGCAGGCCACUGUCAACUUCUGCAAGAACUGUGAGCGGUAUCUGAACCCACCUCAAUCAUGGGUCUUGGCUCAGCUGGAGAGCAGAGAGCUGCUGGCCAUCUGUCUCAAGAAGCUGCGAGGGCUGAACAAAGUGCGCCUCAUCGAUGCCGGUUUCAUCUGGACAGAACCUCACUCCAAGAGGCUCAGAGUCAAGCUCACCGUACAGAAGGAAGUACUCGUGAACACCAUCUUGCAGCAAGUCUUUGAAGUCGAGUACGUCGUACAGUACGGUCAAUGCCCCGACUGUACCAGGCUGGCAGCCAAGAACACUUGGAAGGCGCAGGUGCAAGUCCGACAGAAGGUGCCGCACAAGCGUACCUUCUUGUACCUCGAGCAGCUCAUCCUGAAGCACAAUGCACACAAGGACACCAUCAACAUUUCAGAGAAGAAAGACGGUCUGGAUUUCUACUUUGUGCAACGGUCUCAUGCUGUCAAGAUGUGCGAGUUCUUGGCCUCUGUGGUGCCCAUCCGAGUGACAGCCAGCAGCUCAGUCAUCAGUAUGGACAUUCACUCCAGCACGUCGAACAACAAAUUUACCUACAGUGUCGAAAUUGCCCCCAUUUGCAAGGAUGACCUCGUCUGCUUGCCCAAGUCGACAGCGAAGGCCCUUGGCCAGCUACCACAAGUCGUGCUAUGCUCACGUAUCACAAAUUCGAUUCGUUUCCUGGACCCAUCCACCCUGCACUACGCCGAUAUUCCCGCUGAGAAAUACUUUAGAGAUCCGAUCCAGCCGCUCUGCGCCAUUCCUGAGCUUGUCGAGUUCCUAGUGCUGGACAUUGAGCCUACAGGACAGACCUCUGCCAAUGGCAAGUUCAUGACCGCCGAUGCUCAAGUCUCGCCGAUGAAUGCUACUACUUUCGGCCAGGCAGACGCAGUAUUCCACACUCGUACACAUCUUGGCAACCUUCUACAGCCCGGAGACAUUGCCAUGGGCUAUCAUCUGGGUCUGGCCAACUUCAACUCUGAGAUCUGGGAUUCCAUCCCUGCAGAACGCCUGCCGGACGUGGUCCUGGUCAAGAAGUCAUACCCCGACAGCAAGAAGCGCAGCAAGAACCGUGCCUGGAGACUCAAGUCGAUUGCCAAAGAGGCAGCUACGGAUGACACAAAAGCAGAGGGUGGUGGACGUGGUGCGCUUGGUCGCAAGGGUGGGCUGGAUGGUCAGAAGGUGGAGGCUGCUUACGAGUGGUUCCUGCGCGAGUUGGAGGAGGAUGAGGAGAUGCGCUCAGGAGUGAACCUCUACCGCGACAAGGACGCAGAAGACCGACUCAGGAGGAAGAGGGAAGCCAAGGCGCGCAGGAAAGCAAAGCAGUCGGUCGCAGACGCUGCUGCUGUCGAUGAGGAUGGCGAUGCGGAGAUGGGCGCCGAAGGAGGCGCUGGUGAAGUGGCGGAUGUGGAUGACGGCAUGACGGACGACGGCUUCACUACAGACGGAGAGAGCGAAUUUGGCGACGAUGAGGACGUGCCGAGGAUCAGGAUGGAGGAGCUGCUAGAUGACAUGGAUGGUGAGUGCGACUCAGCGUUGACGAAGACGAAGAAGUCAAGUUGCCUAUACUGACAUUGUCCUUUGCCGUAACCCGUUCCCCCACGCCAUUACAGAUAUGAAUCUAGCAAAGGAAGACUUGUAAUAGUCCGGUCCGAUAUCGUUUACCUCCCCCUUCGUCACCUUACUGCAAUCCUCUCCUUGCUCACCUCGUUUGUACUGCUUUGGC